GCUUGCCAGCGCCGAGGAAGCUGCGACAUCAGCAGAUAGCGAUGGCCAAGUAGACGAUGCCACAACCGACGAGGGGUCCAAAGCCGACUCCGAAGGUGGCAGUGGCGACGAGGGUGGAGAGUCCAAGUCAUCGGAAGGUGCUGCAGAGGCACAGGAUUCACAGAAGUCAGAAACCGAUGCAGAGGAGUCAGAAAGGAGUCCCAGUGAGGAGCCUUCUCAUGCACAAGAGUCGCAAGAGGUAACGACAGAGGCUGAACCAAAGGAGGAGCACUCAAAACAGCCAAGUGAUGAAGAUCAUGAGUCAAAAUCUGGAGAGGACAAACAACACAAAGAUUCACAGGAGAAGAAAGAAGAGGCAGAUGAGGAGGAUAAACCCGAAGCAAAGGAGUCUCAAUCCGAGGAGGACGAGCCUGCAGAAGAGAAGACAGAGGAGGCAUCGAAUUCUGGAGAGAGAUCUUCAGAGGAUGAGGAAAAGAAGGAUGCUGCCAAAGAGGAGGACAAGCCCAACAAAGAUUCCAGUGACAAGGAGAAGAAUUCAAAAUCUGGAGAGAAAGCUUCAGAGGACGACAACAAGGAGGAAGACGUCAAGGAGGAGGACAAGCCCGAGAAAGAUUCCAGCGACAAUGAGAAGGAGUCGAAAUCCGAGAAGGACAAGCCCAAAGAAGAGAAGACAGAGAAAGCUUCAGAGGGCGAGGACAAGAAGGAAGACGUCAAGGAGGAGGAGGACAAGCCCGAGAAAGAUUCCAGCGACAAUGAGAAGGAGUCGAAAUCCGAGAAGGACAAGCCCAAAGAAGAGAAGACAGAG